CACAUAUCACAGAAGAAGAAGAAACCGUGGGAGAUUUGACAGUGCGCGGAAUACUUUUGUUCACAAUUGACCGAUAUUUUAUUCCAAGCUAGCAUUAUUCGUGAAAAAACUGAUGCUUACACGACAUGGACCGGUACGUGUUGGUUGUAUGCUUUGGUCAAACUGAUGAGGAGCUCCCUGAGGAGUACACAUGUCUGGAGCCAGUGAAGCAGAUACAUGACAAACUUGUGGACAUCUCAACCCAGGAGUUGGUCAGAGGAGUCUCUGUGUUUCCAGCUUGUUCUCUCAGUGGCAACCCAUCAGUUCAGAGAUGGCACUUUGCUGUUCAGGCUUGCCAAGGAGUUACACAGUUUUGCAGCUCAGACUGGGAGGAGCUGGGGACAGGCCAUCAGAAAACUGACAGUGAAGAGGAGAAGCUUACUGCUGUGGAGUCAUGUCUAAGUUCUCUGAGUAACCAGGAGGCAUCAGACCAAAAAGCCGACCAGCCUUCACCAACCGAGCUGUUAGAAGAGGCUGCUGAAGGCCUGCAUCUACUGACAGACAAGCUUCCACCUCCAGGUAAAGCCUUGCUGGAUGUGCUGCUGUUGGGCUCUGAAGAGCAGGCUCCUCCUGUUAAAGACCUGCUACCCCUGCUGGGAGCCCUCAAACACAUGUCCUGCUGGCAUGCUGCUAAGAUCACUAUUGUCACACAGCACACCACUGGGUGGCAGAAAGCAGCAUCCUACCUGAGUGCCGCUCUGGUGGAACCUGCUGACCUGCACAGCUGUUUGGACCACAGAGAACUGUGGAGGGGCGGCCUGGUUAUCAGAGAGAAGAAGUAUGUGUCAGAGCUUCGUUUCGAUGGUUUUUCUCUACGCUAUCCAACACAUCAAAACUCAGCUACCAAUCUCCUGAAAGCUCCCUGCACCACUACAGACCAUAAACUGCUGUCUGAGGUCUUCCAUUACUACGCACCGGUCUUAGAUUUGGUUCAGUUGGUUAAUCUGUCAGAUCUGCCCAGCUUUCUGAUGUCCACAACCCAGUUUGAGCUCAACCUGUCUGGGAAGUCCAUGAAAGCUAAACUCCUGUUGGACCAGCUGAGGUCACUGCGUGGAAAGGUUGGCGCGUUGUUCAGCUUGUCCUUUAUAAUCACCCCCAUCGCUCAGCCCGCAGCCAGCCAACUCAGCUCCCAUCGCUGGAGAGAGUCUAUAGCCAGGAGACCAAAGACCUUAUCUGUGCCGGACGUUGAGCUGAGAGGGGAGAGCGCUCACUACCUCCUGUUGGUGCAGGGCUGGGAUAACGUCGGGUUCGGAGGCUGCAGCGUCAGGAUAGUGCCCUCAGGCGGUCAAAUCAAUGGAGUGGCUGCCAUGGCAACCGUCUCUGGGCUUCUGAGGGAGAAGUCAUCAUCAGCAGGAGCUGUAGAAAGCAUUCUCUCCACGUUUCCCUGCCUCCAAGGAGAAGGCCUGCUGAAGAGGGAGAGGAAGGUGACCCAGGUCCAGACACUGGUACUUAAAGAAUACCUCAGACAGAAAGAAGAAGCAUCAGGCUCAACCUCAGUGCCCCUCAACAACCUCAAGAAGAUUCUGAGUGUGGCCAGGGAGCAGUAUCUGAAGAUGACUGACUCCAGUCUGCCCAAUGCUGCCACCUGUCUGACAGACGCGCAGGAGCGCAAAGCGGCCAAAAACUCAGUUUUUCAGACCAUUUCCCACCUGCAAUCUGACUGGCCUGAGAGGAGCGUCCUUCACAACAUAGAGAACCUGCAGAGGAGACGACAGAAGAGGAGAUUUGGUCUGUUAGGUCCAGGCUCCAGUGACAGUCUGCUGGGUCCUAAAGACAGUCAGAAGAGCUCCUCUGCAUUACUCGAUGCUAAAGAACUUCUGAAACAUUUCACAUCUGACGGCCUUCCUACUGCCGAGCUGCAGCCUCUGGCUAUCAACAGAGGUAAUAAUGCGUUUCAGAUGACACCAGACCUUUCUCCUGGAAGAAUCAGCCAGAUGCCAUUCAACAAAGUCUCAGUGUCACAUUACCAUGGCAUAGAGUUUUGCCUGGACAACCAGCGGUCCUUAGACCGAGAUCAGGGCUUUGUAAAACUCCAGUCCCGUCUGAUUCGGUACGAGACCCAAACCACCUGCUCCAAGGAGCCCUGUGCCCUCCCCUUCGCCCUCAGCCCUGCCCCCUCCCCUGCUGUCAUAUCAGAACCAGGAAGUGUACCGGAUGGAGAAACUCUGCAGAACGCUGAUGUAGCGCGACUAAAGCGCAGUUCGUGGGACACGGACAUUGUCGGAGGUUAUCCUCGAAAGAGGCUGGUGAAGUCGGAAAGCAGCGAGUCCCUCUGUUCUCAGAGCAGCGGCAGCAGUGGGACACACCCGGUCAUCAGAUCUCUACGACAACAACCCAGCAGAUCCAAGUCCACAUCCUCAGGUUUGGUGACUCUUUCCUCUGCCGACAAACCUAAACCUGAGCCGCUGAAGACACACCAUGAACAAACAGCGGACAAAGCUUCCAAAGAGUCACGCUCCCAGAAACACAACAGGAUGCUGCAGGAGGUAGUGGCUAAAACAAUCAAACAACAUGGGAUCACUGCCGAGCAUGAGUGCUUUGUGGCCUGCAGCAAAAGGCUGUUUGAUAUCUCCAAAUUCUAUCUCAAGGAUCUGAAGACAUCUCGGGGUCUUCAUGAUGAGAUGAAGAAGGCAGCCAGCAGUAAUGUUAAACAGGUCAUUGACUGGGUGUUGGAGAAGACCUCAAAGAAGUAAAGGUGGUGUCGAAGCAUAAGUGGCGAAAAACACAUUUUAUUUUGUUUUAUAGGUAAACAAGGGUUUCAGCUUUUUUUUUGUACCGCACCUGUUGUCACAUUUUGAGUUUAUAAGCCCUUUUGAUGAGAUUUAAAUUGUGACAUUUUAAUGAACUUAAUCCUUUAUUUAAUUGUAUUGUGUCACUAAGGUUUCCUUGCAGUGACAUAUAUAUUUUUAAAUUUAUAUAAUGUAUUUUUUAUGUUAUUUUGAGUUGACUCUGCAUAUCUAUUUUGAUAUACUUCAACGACACAAUGUUGUCUUUUCUGUGCAUCUAUUUUCAAACAUGAUUUUAUAUAAUUUUCCCACAUGUUAAUUCUGUUUCUAAAUACUCA